CGCCCCCUCCCUCCCGGAGCUCCGGCGCGCCUCCUUCCUCCCUUCCUUGCAACUUUCUGGCUUCUCUCUCGCCGGGACUUCCUCGCUGGGGCAGCCGUCCGGAGGGCAUGGGACGGCGGUGAGAGGACCAACCUCGGGGCGGGGGCCAUGAGCUCCGUCUGGAAGCGGCUGCAGCGCGUCGGCAAGCGGGCCGCCAAGUUCCGCUUCGUCGCCUGCUACCAGGAGCUGGUGGUGGAGUGCAGCAAGAAAUGGCAGCCGGACAAGCUCAUCGUGGUUUGGACACGGAGAAACCGACGGAUUUGCACCAAGGCUCACAGUUGGCAACCGGGCAUCAAGAAUCCUUACCGGGGCGAGGUGGUAUGGAUGGUGCCAGAAAACGUAGAUAUUAUGGUCACGCUUUACCGGGACCCACACGUGGAAGAAUACGAAGAUAAAGAUUGGACUUUUGUGGUAGAAAAUGAAUCAAAGGGGCAACAUAAAGUCCUCGCCUCGGUCGACGUGAACCUCAAGCGCUUCGCCAGCCAGACGCCCAACCAGGUGGACUUAAACCUGAAGCUGAAGCCUAAGUCGGUGAAAGUCGUGGCGGCGUCCCUCAAGCUCACUCUUUCGUGCGUCUUCUUGCAUGAGGGAAAAGCCACGGACGAUGACAUGCAAAGUUUGGCCAGUUUGAUGAGCUUCAAGCCCUCCGACAUCGGCAAUUUGGAGGAUUUUGCUGAAAGCGACGAGGAGAUGGAAGAGACCUCGAAACACGGCCGGGCGGAGGAUGCAGUGGGCCACACAGUGUCCCCUCAAGACACAUCACGGGAUCUGAACCCCUUGGCUGAGGAGGAGGAGGACCCCUCUGGCCGUUCUCCGUCACCUUCCAAGGCAGGUCGCAAGGAAGCCGUAGCCGCGGUCUCGGAGCCAGCCACGGAGAGCCACGGAAACAUCUCCGGAGGUUCCCUGCAUCCCGAGCCAAAGGCUGCUUCUGUUGCUCCCAACACGCUUGUGUUUGACGUAAGUGGUGAGGAGUGUAAAAUCGGGAGUGCGGGGCUCAGCGGGGCAAGCAGUUCCCGCACAGCGCCAAAUGGCAUCCCAGGAGGGACAGGGACCAGGAACGGCAUGCCGGACACUUCCCGAGCGUCAUCGGUGCAGGCGGGGGCCGAAGAGGAGCACGAAAACACGGGGCCAGCAUCACCUAGUGCCCUCGACACAAGGCCAACUGAUAUCUGGAAACCCAGAGAGGACCGCGCAGUUUCUCCACCCCCCAGGAGAAAAAGUACGCCGAAGGAAUCUGUGAAAAGACUCCUUUCACCGCCGUUUACACCCAAGGAUGCGCCCGUGCGGAAACGCAAACUGGGGAAGGCGACGGGGUCCUCGGACCCCACAAUGCCUGCCGUGGAGACCCCCACAAUUUUGGAAGAUAACCUAGUUCCUCCUCUUCCCGCGCCUGUUAUCCUGGAUAACCCACCCUUGGAAAAACCAGGAUACGAGAGUCUCAGCGCAGUGGCUCCCUUUCCGCCAUCGUCCGGACAACCCGUGGUGAUGUAUUUUAUGGAGGACGCGGCCCUCGCCCAACCCGAUCCGGUCGUUCUCCACAGCGGGCCGGAUUCCCAAGGAUUGUCUUCAGAUGCCGCGUACCUGGCGCUUUCUCCUUCUCUUGGGGGCCCGUCGACGGCAGCGUGGGAUUUUCGGCAAGGGACAACUGGCGAAAUCCAGGAUGGGGCGGAAGAAGUGUUGACCGCUGUUCUGAAAGCCUCGAGCGAUGGCGUUCCCUCAGAACCGGUGGAAGACACAGAGAUGGUCACGGAGAAAGAAGAACUGGCCAAAGACAGGUUGGGGGGCACUGAGGCAGGGGCUUUGGAGUUUCCAGCUGAGAAGGAAGAGGAGGAGGAGGAGGGUGAGGUGGAAAGGCAGGAAAUCUGGAGAGGAGACGAGCCCUUCGCACCUCCCACACAAACCCUUCUUGAAGAAGAGGUGCUCCGGAUCGUGGAUGAGGCAGACGGCAGCUCCUCGCAAGUUGACGUUCCUCAGGGCAAAAUUUCUCCUGCGUCCUCCUCACUGGUGAUGGAGGACGAGGAAAGCAGGCGGGUUCUCUCUUCGCCGUCGAAGAUGGGUAGUGAAGACAUGGCCGGGGAGUCCCUGAGGAACACGCCCCGUUGCCCUCCCGCUGUUGUGCCUGACCUGGAAGAAGUUAGGAAAACUGAGAGGGACGUGGCACCCCAAAGCCCUCUAGAAGAGCCAACGCUCCAGAUGGAAAGAGAGGACGAGGGAGCCAAGGACAAGAGGAACGCAGAAGGAAGUGGAGUCUCCGAGCGGGAUGUGGAGCAGACGCCUGAAAUGGAGCAUUCUGUGAUCGAGGAUGGAGGCCAAGAUGACGGUUGGAAGAAAUGUUCAGAAGAAGUCCUAGAAGGUCCCAUGCUGGAGGACCCCAACGUCCUUCUGAAUGGGAGCCCGGAGGCUUUGAGCCAAACACGGCCGGACAGUCCAGAGGCUGGGGGCUUAGGGUCACCUUGGGCUGGCAAUCCCCUACAGUCUUCCCGGAACCUCCCCCCCAGCCAAAGUCUGCCAGACCACAGAGAAGGAAGCCUAGAGAGUCCUUCCGAAGGGGAUGGUUUGACCCAGCGACCCACGGAGACAGAAGCGGUCACGCCCCACGCCUCCAGCCCGCCUGCAUGUCAGGAUACUGCCCUGCCUGCCCCAGGUCCCUGUGGGAGUGCUGGGCCCUGCCAGGAAGCCCCGGUGCUGAGCCCCGUGUCCUGUGGCACAGCCCCCCCUUUGGGACCCGAAGGGAAAGACCAGGCAGAGUCCCUCAGCAGCCCCACUCUGGUAAACUCCAGCCAUUGCUUGCUACAGUGGUGCCAGGAAGUGACGGCCGGCCACCGGGGAGUCCGUGUGACCAACUUCACCACGUCCUGGCGCAAUGGUCUGGCGUUCUGUGCCAUUCUGCACCACUUCCAUCCCGAGAAGAUCAACUACGAAGCUCUGGAUCCCCUCGACAUCAAAGAGAACAAUAAAUUGGCCUUUGACGGCUUUGCCACCCUGGGCAUCUCGCGGCUGAUGGACCCGGCAGAUAUGGUCUUCUUGACGGUGCCGGAUCGGUUGAUUGUCAUGACGUACCUUUGCCAGAUACGGGCCUUUUUCACUGGACAGGAACUCAAAGUGGUACAGUUUGCCAGCCACAGUAGCGAGACCACUUACAAAGUGGGCAAAUUUGACACAGAUCCCUCGGGAUCCGUCGACCCUGCUGUGUUUUACUCCCAACAUCUGCAAAAAAACGCGGAGAAGGCUGGGAAAAUAGAUGCCAAGGGGGAUUCUGGGGAAACAGCAAGAUUGGAGGAGAGGCAGAAAGCAGAAGGGGACUCUGAUCUCCUGGAGGAUUCUGGGAAGCCUGAAGAGGCAAACGAGGCAAAGGAUUCUGGGAAUGAAGCCGUCGCAGAGACUGUCCCCCACAAGGAGAGUGAGGCGCAGCCGGGCGCGGAGCUGAAUGGCUCGGGAGCGACCAGCAGUGUCAUCUCCGUAGGGCCAGAAGUCAAAAAUGGAGUUGCCCCCGAAGAAAAGAAAACAGUAUUUCUUGAUCCGGUGGAUUAUAAACCCCGCAAGAACGUGGCCGACGAGAUCAGCCCAAAUUCGCCGCGUCUUCUAGCGGACAUCUCCAAACCCGACAGGUUGAUCAACGGGGCCCCUCCAGCUUUGGAACGGGAGGAUUCUGGGGGUGAAACCCCAAGGCAUGAUGGGAAUGGACUGGCUAAUGGCUCCUCAGGUGUCCCCAGCCAGGACCAGCCAGGGGAUUCUGGGAAAUGCGAGGCAGACAUAGAGAAGAUCGAUAAGGAGGAGAAGGUGGUUGCACCUCCCCGGCUCAAACGGCUCGCCUCCCGGGGCAGCGUGGAGCGUCCCCUUCAGCGCGCCCCCUCGGCGGGCAACACAGGUCCCGUACCGCCACCCCGGGCCCACUCCAUCAAGUCCGCCUUUACUCACAUGCGCGACGCAGACCUGGUGAAGAAGCGACGGUCACGAAUGAAGAGCGGGUCCUUCUCGGGGGAGGAGGCAGAAGGAGGCGGGCCGACGGAGGAAUCUAGCCCGCGACGGAUGGCGGAUGAUGUUUGCAACGAGAUGACAAAAUCCCGGCAAACGAAACAACAAGCCUCUCCCGUCAUUCCUUACCGGGAGCAAACUCUCGACUCUGAAAUGAAAAACAGCCACCACGAAGAAGAAAUUCCAAAAUUUCAAGACACCAGCCAGUACGUGGUCGCCGAACUGCGGGCGUUGGAGAACGAACAGAAGCAGAUCGACGGGCGGGCAGCGGUGGUGGAGAAGGAGUUGCGGGCUCUAAUGCAAACAGGUGCAGAUAAAUUGAAGGAGGAAGAACUGAUCCAGGAAUGGUUCACCCUGGUCAAUAAGAAGAACGCCCUGAUCCGACGACAGGACCAGCUACAGCUGUUGAUUGAAGAGCAAGACUUGGAAAGAAGGUUUGAACUCCUGAGCCGUGAACUUCGCACCAUAAUGGCGAUGGAAGACUCGCUCAAAACAGAAGCCCAGCGGCAACAGGAGAAACUCCUCCUGGCAGAACUGGUCUCACUGGUGAAUCAGCGUGAUGAAUUAGUCAGAGAUCUGGAUAUCAAAGAGCGUAUAGCUUUGGAAGAAGACGCCCGACUGGAGCGAGGCUUAAAGCAGAGGCGCGACAAGAUGAGUCGGCGGGAAAAAUGCCGCGUCAGCUGAGCUCCCGCGACACCCCUGCAGUGUGGGGAGGGGAAAGCCCCACAGUUUCCUGGACCGCCAAUGAUCUUCUGCCUUCCGACACUGCUCCGGCUUGCUGCUCUCUGUUCGUGCCCAAGAGAAAGGCUCCGUGGAUUUCCCCCCACUUUUUUUUUGGGGGGGGGGAGGAGAAUAAAUUGAGAUGCACUUAAGAUUUUAAGUGGGAAUCUCAAUUCUGGGGGGGGGGGACCCAAACUUUCGCUAGGAGAUUUUUCUCUCGGUCUGGGGGGAAAAAGAUUUGCAACAAUCUGUAUUUAGAAAUUAUUUAUUGGGUUGUGUGUGAGCUCCUGCGUGCAUGCCAGGCGGUUCUGAGUUCGAAAUCGGAUCCUUCCUCCCGUUUUGAUGAUCAAGCUUUUUGCCCGAAGCAGCAUUUUACUUUUGGAAUGUUUCCUUGUUUUUUGUUUUUUAAAUCAAAACGAUCCACGCUGGAUGGUACCAAAGCCACCGAGUGCCUUGAAUGCUCCUAGUGCCAAUCGGGGUGACGGGCAAAGCUUAAUGCCCACCUCUUCCUAAAAGUUGGGCUCUUGAGUAUUUGCACUAAAUUUGUACUGGACUGCAGAAUAAAUGUUUUGAAAAUACGAA